GCGGCAGCAGACCGGUAUCCGAGCGGCACAGCGCCGCAUCACAUAGAGCUGAGUGCGUCAGAAACAGCCGAGAAACGCUGCGAUUCUCCGCUUUAGUUCCCAGUGAUUCAGUGCCAGCAGCGGAGUGGCGAUGCUCUAGAACAUGUAGGAGUCGACUGUUUCUUUUUAAGCCACCAUUUUCUUUUUUUAUUUUCCUUUUUUGUACUUUUAUCGGAUAGCCCGCAAACUGUGAAACAUCUUGUCACGCCGUCGUCGGGAGUCCCCAUUCAUCUGAGGUCGCUUGUAUCGUUGAACCGAGCAGCGAACUUUGGUGAAAACUACACAGCAACUCAGCCGUCGUCGUUAUUCGAAAGACUCUGUGACAUAUUUGGCCUGACACCACUUUCACCAUGAGUGAACAGAGCAUCUGCCAGGCGCGAGCUGCUGUCAUGGUGUAUGACGAUGCCAAUAAGAAGUGGGUCCCAGCCGGUGGCUCUACAGGCUUCAGCAGAGUCCACAUUUACCACCACACGGGCAACAACGCCUUCCGUGUAGUGGGACGCAAGAUCCAAGAUCAUCAGGUGGUGAUAAACUGUGCCAUUCCCAAGGGGCUGAAGUACAACCAGGCCACACAGACCUUCCACCAGUGGCGUGAUGCCCGACAAGUCUACGGCCUCAACUUUGGUAGCAAGGAGGAUGCAAACGUAUUUGCCAGUGCCAUGAUGCAUGCACUGGAGGUGCUUAAUUCGCAGGACACAGGUCCUACGUUGCCCAGACAGGGCCCCCAGGUUCAGAAUGGUCCCACACCAGAGGAGAUGGACCUGCAGAGGAGGCAGCUUCAGGAGGCACAGAAACAGAAGGAGAUGGAGAGGGAGCGCCAGGAGCGAGAACGUCAGGAGAGAGAGCGUCAGGAGCUGGAGCGCCAAGAGAGGGAGCGCCUGGAGCGAGAGAUGCUGGAGCGUCAGGAGCGCGAACGUCAGGAACGGGAGCAUCAGGAGAGGGAGGCGCAGGCAGAGAAAGAGCGACUUGAGCGGGAGCGCCAGGAGCAGCAGGAGCGUGCCGAGCGUGAACUGAUGGAGAGGGAGAAGGUGGAGAGAGAGCGGCUGGAGAAGGAGCAGCAGGAGCAGUUGGAUAGAGAGCAGCAGGACUGGGAGAGAGGGAGACGCAUCUCCAACGCUGACGUGGGACAGACUCCAGGGCUGACCACCCCCACCCCUCCCCCACCUCCACCCCUGCCACCCGGCUCCACUGUGACCUCUGCGGCUGCUACCCCGGCCGUCACCCCCACCACCCCCGGAGGCCACCCUCCACCCCCGCCACCUCCUCCACUCCCUCCGACACUGACUCCAGGCGGGACGCCACCUCCUCCGCCGGGUCCCCCUCCCCCUCCCGGUGCUCCACCACCACCCCCAGCACCACCUCUUCCCACCGGACUGUUCUCUCCUGCAGAGGACCGCCCUCUCUCAGGCCUGGCUGCUGCCCUCGCUGGAGCCAAGCUGCGCAAAGUGCCAAGGAGUGAUGAUGCAGGGGCAGCUCUGGCAGCAGCCAUGAUGGGGGCCACAGGGGCUAAAUCAGAGACAAGAGGUAACGGGCCACUUCCUGGAGGAGGGGGGCUUAUGGAGGAGAUGAGCGCCCUAUUGGCCAGGAGGAGAAGAAUUGCGGAGAAGGGCUCGUCACCUGAACCUGACCAGAGAUCAGAGGAGGGUGAGAUAAAUACGACCCCUAAAGUGUCAGCUUGUAGCACACCAGACAUGCCCAGGAAGCCAUGGGAAAGAACAAACACCAUGAAUGGUAGCAAAUCUCCAGUUAUUGGAAGACGAGAGUCUCCGUGGAGGAAUCCCAUGGGAGCAGAUUCCUCCAACAGACCUAAAUCCACUCCUACACCUACUGCAUCCUUAAGUGCCAAUGGUGUGCCAACAGAAGCUGUUGACUAUGAUAGAUUGAAACAGGACAUUCUUGAUGAGAUGAGGAAGGAGCUGUCAAAACUAAAAGAAGAGCUCAUUGAUGAUUCACCGAAAGUUGGGUAUUUUAACAUGGGGAAACUGACUCACCCUUGAAGCCAGCCUUGACAAUCCGGGAGGAGCUGGGUAGGUCCAGCACAGCAUAGAGGAAUCUGACUUCCCCGUUCAGAAACACCCACAAGAACCGACAGACAACCCCGGUCAACUUAAAGACAUGACAAUAUAACAAUGGAAAACAACAAAAAACGGUGGCGAUUACGACAAAAAUCAUUUUACCACACAGAGAGGACAUUAUCUGGUGCGGAGCAGUGUCAGACAGGCUGGUGGUGGUAGGAGAUUUGUAGCCUUUGAUAGCUGUGACUCACAGAAUCCAUUCUGCAAAGCCUCGUAUUCCCACUGCCCCAUCUCACAACCCCCUCUCUCCCCUCGCCUUCCUGCUGAGGGCAUCCUGGAAGACAGAGGAGCGAAAGUCUUUAUGCAAAGAUGGCUCCUCUCUGUUUGUCCUCCUAUAAGAAGAAAAUAAAUCCAAUAGUGAACUCUUCUGUGAUACUGCAUUAACCACAAGUUGCUCACUGUCAAAAGUUUUAUCAAGAGUGUGCAGAGAGCCGAAGGAUGGAAACUUAAAAACUUUUCUCCCAUAAUGCCAUAGGGGUAGCGUGUGUUUGCGUAUGAAGGACUGACAGUCUCUGGUGGAGGCUAACACUGCAGGACACUGUAAAGCUCGUCUUCCUCAAAUACUAUUUUAACCUGAACAUAUACAAAAGAGAGAAAAAGUUAGACAAAACAAAUAAAAUCUCUCCACCAACGUCUGUUUCAGUGUGGAUCUACGGCCAUAUGAGUAGCUCAAUAAUCCAGUCUUUAUACAGGAUGCUCCCUGGCCCGUCUCUUCAUCUGUGAAGUCAUCAUCAGAGGCACCGUUUCCCUCCCAAAGCGAGCGUUUUUGUCAUUUUUCUGUCGUCGAGCGGCAGGUGGAUGAGACACUGAGGGGUGUAGCUGCCUGUAGCUCUCUACCAAACAUUACCUGUUGAACAGAAGUGCUGAUUCACCUGCCAUGCGCCUCGACCAGACGUAUAGAUAGGUGUUCCCCUUCCCUUGAUUUAACGAGUCUCUAUCAUCCAUCCUUCUCAGUCUGUUGUGGGGGUUUUUUUGUUUUAGCAUGUUUGUUUUCUUAGUACGGCGAAGGUCACAGGUCUGCCACGAAUUUGCAUUACCCGUCACAAGUUUUAAUACAAGCAAUAAGUGUAGCAUCUAUUUUUACAGCCCUGCUCCUAAACACCACCAAACAUUUCAGUGUCUCCUUUUUUUUUUUUUUUUUGCGGGGGGGCUCUUCUGGGCCCCUGUUGGAUGUUACUGUGUCACCACCACCUUUCUGUAAAGCUGAAAGCUGAUGUGAUUGAAUAACAGCGCAACACUGUAAGACAUCAUUUCAUGGAAUUCAUUUCUAUAUCACAACACACUCAGAAUUUUUCUUCUAUAAAUCCUAGGAUAUUGUAUCUGUAGCCACAUUGGAGGUGAACUUUAUUAUUAGUUUUGUUUUUUUGUUGGGUUUUUUUUGGAGGGGGGGUGUUU